CAACAAUCAACUUUUGCAAUACAGGGUAAAAGGGACAAAUGUCGAAGGCGCCUGAUGCCCCUGCAGUGCCUGGCGAGGGCGAAAAGGAAGACGACACAUUCGAGGACGAAGAUGAGUUCGAGGAGUUUGAAGAUCAAGGUCAGUCAACACGAAGCGCGGACAGGAGAGGCACACGCAGUCAACAGGCAGGCAGGCAGGCAGGCACCGGAGAAUCUGAUGCGUCCAAAACACGGCCGACACAGUUUGUGGAUUCGUGUGUGUUUUGUGUGUGAUUCGUCCAGAGUGGGACGACAAGGACGACAAUGGAGGCGACGACGCACAGUGGGAGUCCGGCUGGGCCGAACAGGGUGAGUCAGCGACGCAUACAUACACACAGACAGGCAGACAGGCAGACAGAUACAGGAGGCAGGCGAUGCUGCUCACUCACCCAUGGGAUCUCUCUCUCUCUCUCUGUGUGUGUGUUUGAUGGCCAGGCUGGGACGAUGAAGAUCUCAACGACGAGUUCACGAAGCGUCUGAAAGAGGAGCUCGAGAAAUACGCCAGACAACACACACAGCCCCAGCAACAGCAACAACAGCAACAGUGAUCCCUGACCCCCUUCAACCGGUGUGUUGUGUUGUUCGUCUGAUUUCAGCUGAUAUGUCUGAUGUGACUCUGGCUGCGUGUCUGGUGUGUUCUCGUCGGCUCGUCAUCUGAUUGUGCAUGUAUCUCGAGUAUGUGUCGUGAUGCAUGCCUGCUCGAGAAAGAUGCACGGUCGACGGAUGGGUGAAGCCAACAAGGGCAGCCAGAUACGAACAUGCUGGAAGUGACUGACUGAUGCCUGGGUGCAUGUCUGUCUGCAUACAUUUGAGAGGCUCUUUCGCAGUGGCGGCGUUCUUGGUUUUGUUCGUUCUGCCCGUGCGGUGAAGCCAUUGGUGGCUGGGGAGCCAACUCCCGGCCACCAGAGGCUACAGGCAGCGGCACGACGAACAGACAAAAGGAUGCUGCGGUGUGUGGCUGGCAGAGCGGACAGAUUUGACGUGACGCAGGGCAUGCUCCAUCUCAGUCAAACCAUCUGACAUCUACG